CUUGGAGAGAGAGGGAGGGAGAGACACACACACAUACACACAUACAUGCAUUCUCACACUGUCCACACCUAACUUCCUGAGAGGAGUCAAACAACAUCCGAGAUUUUGGGCCAUUUACCAUUGUGGUGACUACAGGAGUGUGUGAGAGAGGGUAGUCAUGCAGGGAAGGAAGUCCCUAAUUGUUGCACUAGCUGUGGCAGUGACCACUGUAGUGUUGCCAGUUAGUGGUGAGAACGACUGUGAAAAACGGACAUGCUCAGAGUGUAUUGGUGCCCCAACCUGUGCUUGGUGUUCCCUUCCGAACAUCACCUCAGUGGAGUUAGACUCAGGAGGAACACUUAGCCAUUGUAUCAGUAGUAAUUCCUUCAAAUAUGAAAAGUUCCUAGAGGCAUGCAAGGGUUACAUCACUAACCCAGUCAGUGCAAACAGUACUAAAAAGGAUGAAGAACUCUCUGAUGACCCCAUAGUGCAGCUCAAGCCACAGCACAUCAGCCUGGAGAUGAGAGCAGGAGACUCAACCAGAAUUACUGUCAAGUACAAACACCUGUCCAGUUACCAGUUGGACCUGUACUGCCUGAUGGACGGCUCCAAGUCCAUGUCAACCUCCAAGGAAGAGCUUGCUAGUGUUACCUCCAAGCUGGUGGCGGACCUGGAGAAGCUUUCCAAUAAUAUGCGCCUUGGUUUUGGCAUGUUUGUGGACAAGCCAGUCUUGCCAUACACAGAUAUGCUUGUGUGGAGUCAAGCCAACUGCAGAGGAUGUGUGGAGAGUUUCAGCUUCAAACACAUCCUUCCAAUGACUGAUGACCGAGAGAAGUUUGAGGACAAAGUCAGAAACACCAAUUCUUCCACCAACGUUGACCGUCCUGAGGGCACACUGGACGCCCUCAUGCAGGUGGUGUCAUGUGAAAACAAGGUGGGAUGGCGAAGAAAGUCAUUGAAGGUGGUGGUGGUGUUCACUGAUGCUGGAUUCCAUGUUGCUGGAGAUGGAAAGCUUGCAGGUAUUGCCUUACCAAAUGAUAUGCAAUGCCAUCUUGAUAGUACAGGGCAGUACACCUACUCCAAGCUGCAGGACUAUCCUUCCAUUGGUGAGCUCCAACAUGCACUGGAAACUGUCCGUGUAUACACCACUUUUGCUGUCAAAGAAGAACUGUUACCAGUGUACAGCAUGCUGACCAGCCGUCUGCCUCACUCCGAUUGCGGUGUUAUAAACAACUCUAGUGACAUUGUCAACCUCAUCACAAACUUUGCCAAAGAGAUCAUUUCAACUGUUGAGCUGAACAAGCCAAAAGACAUAAUGGAAGGAGUAGCAGUGACUUUGGCUUCUCGAUGCAAGGGAAAUGAAGAGAAGGCCUCAAGCACGUGCAAGGGAAUGAGUCCUGGUGAUGAAGCAGAGUUCUUUAUUGACAUUGAGGUGAAGAGUUGUCCACAAAGUGAGCACCUCAGCACCACCUUAAACUUCACUCUCGAUGGCUACUCCCAGUUCUUCAUCUUGGACCUCAAAUUAUUGUGCCAGUGUGAGUGUGAAAAGCAGAGUGACCAGGAAUUUAUCCCCGAUGCAGAUGAAUGCAGCAACAAAGGAGACUUGACCUGUGGAGUGUGUUCCUGCCAAGAAGGUUUCUUGGGAGAUAAAUGUCAGUGCAAGGAGGGGGAUCUGAGUAAUCAAGAAAUUGAUGAAAAAAACUGUAUCCAACCCAAUACGUCUACUAGUCUGGUGUGCAGUGGGCAAGGCGAGUGUGUCUGUGGCACCUGCAAGUGUAAUGAGAGGCUAAAUUCAAAUGAGGUCAUUACAGGUCAAUAUUGCCAAUGUACUAAUUACAAGAACUGCUAUGGUGCAAAUGGAGACAUUUGCUCUGGUCACGGGGAGUGCCAGUGUGAUAAGUGUUUGUGCAACCAAGGCUGGGAAGGAGAGUUUUGUGACUGUCAGAAGAGCACAGCAGAAUGUCAGGUAUCAGAUGAAGAAGAAAUCUGUUCAAGUCAUGGAAAGUGUGUCUGCAACCAGUGUCAGUGUGAAGAGGGCUAUUUAGGGAAGUACUGUGAGGACUGUCAGAACUGUGAAGAAAACUGUCAUGAAUACACAUCCUGUGUCAAGUGUUUAGUAUCUGGUUCAGAGGCUGCAUGCAAUGCUACCUGCUCCGGCUAUGAUGUCACCAUUGUCUCUGAUAUGUCAAAGGUGUAUGGUCUGCCAUGUUCCAGCACUUCUGAUGAUGAGUGUCGCAUUUUUUACCAGUUUAAGCACAAAAAGGGUGCAGUGUCACUAUGGAUUCAGAAGCAAAAGGAGUGUCCUGAAGAGAUCAAUGUCUGGGCUGUGAUGGGCGGGAUACUAGGUGCUGUGGUGGUUGUGGGCCUACUACUCCUCAUAGCCUGGAAGAUUGUCACUCAUUUCAAAGACAAGCGUGAAUAUGAAACUUUCAUGAAAAACAGAAGCAUGGCAAUCUGGAGUGAGGUAAGUAAAAUAAAAUCAAAUGAAACUACAUUACCAUGAAUAUGGAUUAACAAACUUUUUAAUAUUACCAUUCUCUCUUUCCUGCAGAAUGUGAGUCCAUUAUACAAGCCAGCCACUACUAUGGUUAAAAACCCUCUGUUUGAAUCAACUUCUGCUGGUCAAAAUUAAAGGUCUGCUUCUUAAAUCUCUCUAGGUGGAUAAACAAAGGUAUACAGUAUUCCCUUUUAAUUCAUUAUUAACUUGAAGUGCUUCUUCUGUUCAUGCUGGUGCUAAUCCUACUUCCAUUCUUGAUGCCAAGAAACUACAACAAGAAUCAUGCCAAUUAUGUCAGUAUGAUGGACCAAACAAUUUGUAAUGAGGUACACUUCUUUUUGUUAACAUUUGAAUUUUUUAAUGUGUGUGUGUGUGUGUGUGUGUGUGUGUGUGUGUGUGUGUGUGUGUGUGUGUGUGUGCACACACAGGACCACCUAAGCUAAGCUAUAAUUCUGUGGUCUCAUCUGAACCUGUCUAUCCAGUUUCUUGGAUGGUGUACAGUCCUUAGCACUCCUGCAUAUGUGUGUACCUCUGUUCAAUUACCUAAGAUUUUGAGGAUCAUGUGCUUGAUUCAUGAUCACCAUUUAAUUUAAUUUAUAGAUAGGACUGAACUUUUCACAUGUCACACAUGAGCUAUACCCUCUUCUUCAAGCACAAUUAUGUGCUUGCUCAUUCAUGGAAACCUUUAUGUCUUGGACAGGAUUCUGCUAGUCACUAAGGGUAAUCCUAGGUUCUCAUCACAUAGUUGAUUCUUGUACUGCUCUGCCAUGAUACCGUCUACCGAGCAAAUGAUGUGAGGAAUAUUUGCUUGUAGUCUAUGUUUUUAUUAUGUAAUUACUGUAUUGUUUGUUCAAUUUUCACACAAGUAUAAGUUGAUUGUUCUUAAUGCAUAUGUGGCGUGCUUAAACAAGUUGAAAAUUGUGAUCAUUGUUUAAACUUGUAAUGAAAAAAUUAAAUGUUGAAAAUAGGAAUCAUUACUCAUUC